GGCGACCCGAGUUGCUCCGAGCGGCGGCCGGAAGCUGCCGAGCGCGGGGCCGGAAGGGUCCGAGCGUUGCCGAGCCGGAGGGUCGGUGCCGCCGCGGCCUGCGCGGGGUCGGAGCCGGGGCCGGGACCGCAGCCGGGGCCGAGGAGCCGGAGCCGGGAGCGGGGCCGGGAGCGGGGCCGGGAGCGGGGCCGGGGCCGCCGCCGCCGCUAUGUCGGACUUCGACGAGUUCGAGCGGCAGCUCAACGAGAACAAACAAGAGCGGGACAAGGAGAACCGGCACCGCAAGCGCAGCCACAGCCGCUCCCGCAGCCGGGACCGGAAGCGCCGCAGCCGCAGCCGGGAUCGCCGCAACCGCGACCAGCGCAGCGUGUCCCGGGACCGCCGGCGGCGCCGGUCACCCCUGAGCCUCUCGGGCCCCUUGAGCCGCUCCCCCCGGCAUGAGAAGAAGAAGAAGAUUCGCAAAUACUGGGACGUGCCCCCCCCGGGCUUCGAGCACAUCACACCCAUGCAGUACAAAGCCAUGCAAGCGGCGGGGCAGAUCCCGGCCACGGCGCUGCUGCCCACCAUGACCCCCGACGGGCUCGCCGUGACCCCCACGCCCGUGCCCGUGGUCGGCAGCCAGAUGACGCGCCAGGCCCGGCGCCUCUACGUGGGCAACAUCCCCUUCGGCAUCACCGAGGAGGCCAUGAUGGAUUUCUUCAACGCGCAGAUGCGCCUGGGGGGGCUGACGCAGGCCCCCGGGAACCCCGUCCUGGCCGUGCAGAUCAACCAGGACAAGAACUUCGCCUUCCUGGAGUUCCGCUCGGUGGAUGAGACCACGCAGGCCAUGGCUUUCGACGGGAUCAUUUUCCAAGGGCAAUCCCUGAAGAUCCGGCGGCCCCACGACUACCAACCGCUGCCCGGGAUGUCCGAGAACCCCUCGGUCUAUGUGCCGGGCGUCGUCUCCACCGUGGUCCCCGACUCCGCUCACAAGCUCUUCAUCGGGGGCCUCCCCAACUACCUGAACGACGACCAGGUGAAGGAGCUGCUGACGUCCUUCGGGCCCCUCAAAGCCUUUAACCUGGUGAAGGACAGCGCCACCGGGCUCUCCAAGGGCUACGCCUUCUGCGAGUACGUGGACAUCAACGUCACCGACCAGGCCAUCGCGGGGCUCAAUGGGAUGCAGCUGGGGGACAAGAAGCUGCUGGUGCAGCGCGCCAGCGUGGGGGCCAAGAACGCCACCCUGAGCACCAUAAACCAGACCCCGGUGACGCUGCAGGUGCCCGGGCUGCUGAGCUCGCAGGUGCAGCUCGGGGGGCACCCCACGGAGGUGCUGUGCCUCAUGAACAUGGUGCUGGCCGAGGAGCUGCUGGACGACGAGGAGUACGACGAGAUCGUGGAGGACGUGCGCGACGAGUGCGGCAAGUACGGGCUGGUCAAGUCCAUCGAGAUCCCGCGGCCCGUGGACGGCGUCGAGGUGCCAGGAUGCGGCAAGAUCUUCGUGGAGUUCACGUCGGUGUUUGACUGCCAGAAGGCGAUGCAGGGCCUCACGGGCCGCAAGUUCGCCAACCGCGUCGUGGUCACCAAGUACUGCGACCCCGACGCCUACCACCGGCGCGACUUCUGGUAGCGCCCCACAGCGCCCCACAGCGCCCCCCAUGGACCCGCUGGGGGGGGCGGGCCCCACUUUGGGGGCUCUUUGCGCUCAUUUCUGGCGGUUCCCCCCCCCCCUUCCCCGCCCUCCCCUCCCCCCAAGUGCUGGUUUCUCGUCGUAGCCCCUCCCCCCCCCCCCGCCCCCCCCCGGCGUUUCAUAUCGCGAUAAUGGGCCCCUCCCCCUCCCCCUCCCCCCCCCCCUUUGUGUCAAUGGGGGACCCGCCCCUCCCCCACCCCCCAUUAAAUGAUUUUUCCAAUUCUCC